AUCACCCGUAAUCCCAGACUACUGCUUACUGGUAUGCUUGCAGGAACAGUACCAACCAGUGAUGAAGGGGUCGUCAGCGCAGUAUGUGAUGCUUACAGCUCCAUUGCGAGAGAAGGUGCACGCCCAGAAUAUUCUGAAGCCGUUGCAGAGGCGUUCGGAUACACAGUGGAGCAGUUGAAGUCUAUUCCAUCAGAGUCGCACAUGGGGCUAAGCUGCGGAAAUCCUGUUGCAAUGGCGUUCAUCAGAGAGGGAGAAACUAUUCUUGACUUGGGCUCUGGCGCUGGUAUCGAUGUCCUCCUUGCAGCCCAGAAAGUCGGUCCCAAGGGGCAGGCCAUCGGUCUGGACAUAUCCGCAGAUAUGGUCAAUCUAGCGCGCAAGAAUGCCUUUAAGCAAGGGUAUAAGCCGCCUCAGGUAGUCUUUAUCCAGACGAAGCUGACGCAACCCCUACCUGUGGAAACUGCCUCAGUGGACUGCAUUCUAUCAAACUGCGUCAUUAAUUUGCUCCCUGAGGCAGGCAAGGCAGCCCUCCUGAGAGAGACUUAUAGGGUCCUUAAAUCCGGUGGACGCCUUGUGGUUGACGAUAUUAUCGCAAAGAAGUCAUUUCCGGAUACCGUCCGGUCCGACCUUGCCGCUUACAUCGGAUGCAUUUCAGGAGCGGUGCAGUUAGAGCAGUACAGAACUCUUAUGAAGGAUGCUGGGUUCACGGAUGCGUUGUUUGUCGAGACUGGCGGCGAUCUCGAGGUCUAUAAAACCGCUGAACCUACCGGUGGUUGCGCACUACCAUCUAGCCCUUCGACCAAAUGUUGUGCGGCUAUUGCCAGUCCUCUGCCUCAAACUAAUAUCGGGAACCUCAACGAAUGGGCUGCUUCAUACCAGAUAUACGCAAAGAAAAUUUCCUCGGAUAAUGCAGCCGCAGAAAAAUCGCCUCCAGCACUAAAUCGAUGGUGGGAUGCUUAUCCGAAAGAUAACCUGACUUCCGGUGAUGUCGCAAGCCUGCUUCGCGACCCUGAUCGUUCAGACUAUGUGAUCAUCGAUGUUCGAGGAGAUGAUCGCGUUGGUGGUCACGUUCGGGGAAGUGUUCAAUGGCGAGCGGACGCGUUCUUAGGUGAACUAGACAAAUUUUACGAUGAGUACGGCAAGACAAAGCAGGUGAUCUUUUACUGUGGGAGCUCCAAAGGAAGGGGAUCUCGGUGUGCUGCUUGGUAUCAAUAUUACCUCAAUGGCAAAGGUAAUACGGUGUCGAAAGCUUGUGUUCUAGAAGGUGGAUUCAACGGAUGGAGAUAUCCUGACCUGGUGGAUGGAACAAACAGUCUGUGA